AUGAAGCUCAACAAAAUGAACGUGCGCUUCCUCAAAGAGGUAAAGAACCUCAAAAACAGCAUGCCAGCCCAUUUCAAGUUGGUCACACACAACAACACAACACUAAUCCUUGAUGUGUACGGUGCACCCAGCACGAUCUAUUCCGGUGAAAUAUUUACCCUCAAGAUAGAAAUCAAUGAUAACUAUCCGAUCGAUCCGCCAACGGCAGUGUUCAUCAAGAAUAUACCGGAGAAUGAGCAUGUUUAUACCAAUGGACACAUUUGUAUAUCGGUACUGCAUGAUGACUGGUCACCUGCAAUGACACUUGAGAUGGUAGUUAUUGCUAUUUUGAGCAUGCUGAGUGAUGCCAAGAAGAAGAGCAAGCCGCCCGAUAAUUAUUUUUACACGGUGUUUAAGAGGAACAAGUCACCACGCGAUACGAAAUGGGUGUACCAUAAGUAG